ACCAGUCUGUCUCCCCAGCCUUAAUUUGAGCCCCAUCCGAUCAGCGGGGUCCACAACCCCCCUCCAUCAGCCGCCACCAUUCGUCCCUCUCUAGCCACCGCCGUCCUCCCGUCCCGGCCCCGCUCCCAUGCGGCCCAGCCCGGCGGCAGCAGCAGUGGGGCCAGCGGCAGCGGCAGCAGCAGCACCAUGGCCCCCCAGGGAGGGGUCUCCGGAGGCGGAGGCACCAGGGGGGAGCACCUGUCGGCCCCCACGCGGGAGCACACUGGCCACCGCCGACGCAGCCCCCACCUCCGCCACACGCUCAGCCCCGAGAACCUGCGCUGCCUGUCGGAGCGGAGCAACAGCGAGGGGUGUGCAGGGGGAGGCGGAGGAGGCGGGGCGGUGGGCCUGCCCAGGGCCAACAGCGACACGGACCUGGUGAGCUCGCAGGGCAGGUCGUCGCUGGCCGCCAACACCGUGGACUUCACCAUGGGCCACGGACAGAACCUGGUCAUCUCCUGGGACAUCAAGGAGGAGGUGGACGCCACCGACUGGAUCGGACUCUAUCAAAUUGAUGAGACCAAUCCGUCCAACGUGUGGGACUGCAAGAACCGCGGCGUGAACGGCACACAGCAGGGGCAAAUCGUGUGGAAGCUGGAGGCCGGACCCUACUUUAUGGAACCGGAGACCAGGAUAUGCUUCAAGUAUUACCACGGCGUAAGUGGAGCACUGAGGGCCACCACACCCUGCAUCUCGGUCAAAAACCCUGGAGUGCAGCCUGAAAGUGAGGGCCAAGACACCAGUCGUAGGCUGCUCAGCUUUACACUGUCAGACAUCAAUGCGAGUGGGCUGAAGAAGGGCAUGUUCUUCAACCCGGACCCCUACCUGAAGAUGUCCAUCCAGCCGGGCAAGAGGAGCUGUCUGCCCAGCCUGUCCCACCACGGCCAGGAGAGACGCUCCUCCAUCAUCUCCAACACCACCAACCCCGUGUGGCGCGGAGAGAAACACACGUUUGUGGCGAUGAUGACAGACGUGCUGGUGAUCGAGGUGAAAGACAAGUUUGCCAAGAGCCGGCCCAUCAUCAAGCGCUUCCUGGGCCAGCUGCACAUCCCAGUGCAGAUCCUAAUGGAGAGACAGUCAGGCACGCAGCCCCUCAGUUUCUCCCUGUGUCGGCGCCUGCCUACGGACCAUGUGAGCGGACAGAUCCAGUUCAAGGUGGAGGUGACGUCCACUGGUCCCGAGGGGGUCUCUGCCGAGUCUCUCCUGGUAGCCUCGGCCAUGAACGGCGCUCCGGGCACCCCGUCUGAUGAUGAGGACCUGCCGCACCCGCUCCCCAUGUCCCUGCCCUCCACCUCCUCCCAUCACCACCACCACUAUUCCCACCACCACCAACACCACCACCACCAGCAGCAGCACCAGGUGCACUCCCCGACCGGCUCCCAGGGCUCUCCCAGGAACAGCGACCCCGGCGUCAUCACCCCUCCAGACAGGGAGCGGGACUUCAUCAUGGUCUGUGACGACUCUCCCUCCUCGCCCGACCUGCUCCAGGGCUCCUUCAGUGAGCAGCUGGAUGCCAUCGAGGCCCCCAAGGGCCCCGGCGAGAGGCCCCUGGGUGCCGCCAUGCCCAAACUGUGCUCCAGCUUCCCCACGCACACGCGCCUCAGCGCCAUGCUGCACAUCGACUCGGACGAGGACGAGGACCGCUCCACGGCCAACGACACCACCCCGCCCUCCGUGAUCAAUGGCAGCCCGCGCCUCUUGCCGCCCCCCUCCGUCCCACGCGGGCCCCCCGAGGAGACCGAGGAGGAGGAGGAGGAGGUGGACUCGUGCAGGGAGGCGUACGAGACUGAAGUGGAAGGGUUGGAGAUGAUCAGGAUAGGCGGCCCGCGGGACGAUGGCUUGGACAUGGCCAGGACCCCUCUGCCCACGGUGGUGGGAGAUGACGUGCCCAACUCGCUGGCUCCGGAGGUCGGCACGGCCACACUGAGGGACGGCCAGGAGGAGCAGGAGGACCAGGGAGGACCCAGCGAGGACCAGAGCACCGAGGUGGACGUGUCCUCAAUGGCCACCGACAGCUGCCCCGUCAACGCGUCCGGGAACGAGGACAUGCAAGAGAGUGAGGAGGGGGCAGAGACGGCCAUCGACCCUGGGGGAGGAGACUCUGAGCAAGCCCCACCCACAGUAGUUGGCGAUGGCAGUGAUCCAACUGGAGAGCCGCCACCAGCCUCAGAGCCAAUCAGAACGCCCGCUCCACCAGCAGCAGCAGCAGUAGCACCUCCCCCUCCGGAGCCUACAGCCAAUGAGCCGCAGGAGGAAGAGGAAGAGGAGGAGCCAGAGGAGCCUGACACCGUAUCCAGGAGGUGGAGCCUAGAGGCCACGGCGGGCGUGUCCCAGGGAGAGGAGGAAGAGGAGGAUCUGAUGCCCUCGGUAGAGGGAGGCUCCGUGGACUCGGAGACCUUCGUCACCGACACGGAGACGGAAGGAUCUCCCAGAGCGCAGGUGAAUGGCCACCAGCAUGUGGGCUCCCUCCCCUCCGUCAGGCAGGACAUCCACCGCUACCAGAGGGUCGAUGAGCCUCUGCCGCCUAACUGGGAGGCGCGCAUCGACAGCCACGGCCGCAUUUUCUUCGUGGACCACGUGAACCGCACCACCACCUGGCAGCGACCCACGGGGCCCCCGGCCCCCCAGGGCCUCACGCGCUCCAGCUCCAUCCAGCAGAUGGAGCAGCUCAACCGCAGGUACCAGAGUAUUCGGAGGACCAUGACGAAUGAGAGGUCAGAGCCAGAGCAGCCGGCUGAUCCACCUGAAGAUACUGAAAUGAUGCCCCACGCCGUCUCUGAGUACCGGAGGGAAGGUCACUCCAGCUCGCGCUCCCGCCUGGCUCUCCUGCUCCAGUCCCCCGGUGCUAAGUUCCUCUCCAGCCCCGACUUCUUCACUGUGCUGCAUUCCAACCCUAGUGCCUACCGCAUGUUUACGAGCAACACCUGCCUGAAGCACAUGAUCAGCAAGGUGCGUCGAGACGCGCACCACUUCGAGCGCUACCAGCACAACCGCGACCUGGUCACCUUCCUCAACCUGUUCACCAACAAGCAGCUGGAGCUGCCCAGGGGCUGGGAGAUGAAGCACGACCAUACCGGCAAGCCCUUCUUCGUGGAUCAUAACUGUCGCACCACUACCUUCAUCGACCCACGGCUCCCCCUGCAGAGCUCCCGCUCCAGCACCCUGCUGGUCCAUCGGCAGCACCUCAGCCGGCAGCGCAGCCACAGCGCUGGGGAGGUGGCUGACGACUCCCGCUCCCCCAGCCCCCCCAUGCCCAGGAACUCCAGCACCUUCAGUGGCUCCAGCCGCAGCCAGUACCAGGAACUCGUCCCCGUCGCCUACAAUGAGAAGAUUGUGGCUUUUCUUCGGCAGCCGAACAUCCUCGAAAUUCUUCAGGAGAGGCAGCCAGAGCUUGUGCGAAAUCACUCUCUCAAAGAAAAGGUGCAGUUUAUUCGUAACGAGGGAUCUUCCGGGUUGGCUCGUCUCUCCAGCGAUGCUGAUCUGGUGAUGCUAUUGAGUCUGUUUGAAGAGGAAGUGAUGUCGUACGUGCCGCCACAUGCCUUAUUGCAGGCAGGCUACUGUCAUGCCUCGCCCCAAAGUUCCCCUGGUACUCCGCGGGCAAACGUCCGAGCGCCUGCCCCUUACAAGCGUGACUUUGAAGCCAAACUGAGAAACUUCUACCGCAAGCUGGAGACCAAAGGCUACGGCCAGGGUCCUGGGAAAGUGAAGCUUAUCAUUCGCCGUGAUCAUCUAUUGGAGGACGCCUUCAACCAGAUCAUGUGUUACUCCCGCAAGGACCUGCAGAGGAGCAAACUGUACGUCAGCUUUGUAGGAGAGGAAGGACUGGAUUACAGUGGACCCUCGAGAGAAUUCUUCUUUUUGGUUUCCCGGGAGCUCUUCAACCCUUACUACGGGCUCUUUGAAUACUCAGCUAAUGACACUUACACUGUGCAAAUCAGCCCCAUGUCGGCCUUUGUGGACAACCACCAUGACUGGUUCCGCUUCAGUGGGCGUAUUCUGGGCUUGGCUCUCAUCCAUCAAUAUCUACUGGAUGCCUUCUUCACUAGACCCUUCUACAAGGGACUGCUGCGCAUCCCAUGUGAUCUGAGCGACCUGGAGUUCUUGGAUGAGGAGUUCCACCAAAGCCUGCAGUGGAUGAAGGACAAUGACAUUGAGGACACUCUGGACCUCACCUUCACGGUCAACGAGGAGGUCUUCGGACAGAUAACGGAGCGCGAGUUGAAGCCGGGAGGGUCGGGCAUCAGCGUGUCGGAGAAGAACAAGAAGGAGUACAUCGAGCGUAUGGUGAAGUGGCGCAUCGAGAGGGGGGUGGCUCAGCAGACCGAGAGCCUUGUCCGGGGCUUUUACGAGGUGGUGGACGUACGGCUGGUGUCUGUUUUUGACGCGCGGGAGCUGGAGCUGGUGAUCGCCGGCACUGCGGAGAUAGACCUCGCCGACUGGAGGACCAACACGGAAUACAGAGGAGGUUACCAUGACGACCAUAUAGUGAUCCGCUGGUUCUGGGCUGCAGUGGAGAGGUUCAAUAAUGAGCAGAGACUGCGGCUCUUGCAGUUUGUCACAGGCACGUCCAGUGUCCCCUACGAGGGUUUCGCUUCCCUGCGGGGCAGCAAUGGCCCCCGCCGCUUCUGUGUGGAGAAGUGGGGCAAAGUCACCUCCCUACCCAGGGCUCACACCUGUUUCAACCGUCUGGACCUGCCUCCGUACCCCUGCUUCUCCAUGCUCUACGAGAAGCUGCUCACGGCCGUGGAGGAGACCAGCACCUUUGGCCUGGAGUAAAACACCCACCCACCCACCCACCCUCAGACCCAGCUCCUAUGCCAACUUCUCCUCCUCC